AUGAAGGAAAAAGAUUGCGAAUCUUCGGAAAAGGAAACGCGGAGGUUAGGUCUUGAUGCAGACAACGAAAACCUCGAUCGUUUCUUACAAAUGGAUCCAAUGAUUGAACAUCGACCCAAAGAAAUUCAAAACGUAAUCAGCGCCGAUAAUUUUCCUUCAGUGAAUGUGAAAAAUCUUGAAAGAUAUUUCAGGAAACAUAAAAAAUCAGUAAUUCUUGAUGACAACAAAGCCUUGGAAAACUUCAACGAAGACAAUAACGAAGAAGUUAUGAUCGAAGGUUUCCUUAUCAUGGUCAGCAGAUCAGCAAUUCACACGAUAAAUGAUUUAUCGAGUGAGCUUGUGAACGUGAAUGCAGCAUUAGUCCACGAGAAAGAUCGCCACGAAUCUCAUGUCUUUCAAAUCGACCGAUUGAGAGCCAUGUUAAGAGCAUCGAGUGGGGAUGGCAGCGAAUAUCGUUCGAGAAUCAAAGAAUUGAAAAACUUUAUAGAACGAUUUGACGAAGAAACUCGGUUGCUGAAAACCGAUGUCCAAGAGAAAACAAAUCUCCAAAGAUGUUUUGGCCUGAACGAGAACAAAAUAACCAGCUUAAAAUCGUUGAUGAGCGAGUUGAGAACGAAACUGAAAAACGACCGAGAUGCUUUAGCCACUAGAGGGAAUCAAUGGUGCUCGGUUUACAUCGAAAAAAUUCAUCGGUUAGAAACUUGUGUAGGAAAUUUAUUGUUACAGGUUGAAAUGACAGGAUCCAAUUUGAAACUCGAAACGAGGACUUUGGAGUUCGACGAUUCUGCAUAUCACAGAGAAAUAAGCGAAAUAAAACAACUGACGAAACGCGUUGCCUGCGAGCUCAAAAGUUUGUCGAUGAUGCCAAUAAAAAAUGGCUCUCGGGUCGGCAGUGAAAGUUGCAUCAAAUAUUUCAGAAGAAUCGGAUCUCUGGAAAAACUCGUGACAGACUCGAUGAGUAUAAUUGAAAAUCUACGUGCUCAUUCCAAAGCUUCAAAUGUCGGAGGAUCGCAGUCGACGAAGACGGAGGAUUUAGAGUGCGAUGAGAAAGUCACGACACUCGAAAUUCUAGGAAAAAAGCUAAUAUUCGGUAUCAAAGAAUUGGAAAAAGUGGUUGCCGCAGGCGAUGGAAUGCACUUGCUCGAAAAAAUUCGUCGACUAGAGGCUUCGAUAAAACGUUUGAAAAACCAAUUGAAGAAGAGUGAGGAGGACAAGCUUUCGUUGACUCUCAAAUUAACAGGGGCCAAAAUCGCUUACGACGAACAGUUCGAAGAGCUGGAAAUUAUUCGAAGGAAGCACGAAAAAAUGUUAAAUAAACUGAGAAACCGAGGUAAAUUGUUGGCUGAUGAAGAACACGUGGUUAAAAUUAUCCGUGAGCUCGAACAAUCGAAACUGAACGUAGUUUUACUGAGCGACGAAGUCGAUCGAUUGAAUUCGGAACUUCGGAAUACACGAUCGGAAAAAGAACAGCUUGAAACAAUUGACAUGAAAACGAAACUCGUCAGCGCCGAAAAAACGAUGGAACUAUUGAAAAAAGAAAUUUCGGAACUCCGGAGCGAUGAAACCAAUCGAGAGAACCAGGCGAUUACCGAAAUAAAAAAAUUGAAAUCUUCGCUGAAAAAUGCGAGUGAAAAUUUGGAGAUGAAAAAUCGUAAAAUAGCAGAUUUAGAAAGCAGUUUGAACGGAAUGAAAAUGGAAAAAGCGAAAAUUGAGCAAGAAUUGUCAUGCUCGAAGAAACAAAUCGAAACUGUCAUCGUUCGCUUGAACGCUGAAAAAUCAUCUCAUUCCAAAGUGCAGAAAGAUCUUCAAAAGCAUCUAUCAGAUUAUCGAUCACUGGCUGUUGAGCUUGAAAAUGUACGAGAAGAAAAGAAAAAUCUUCAAAAAAAUGUCGAUCACUUGGAACGAGAAAAAGCUCAUUUGAAAGCUGAAGUCGAUAAUCAACGACGAGAAAAAAAGUCGAUGGAAAACGAAUCAUCGUUUCUAAAAUCGAAGACAGACAAAUUGCAACGAGCGCUCGAUGAGCAGCUCGCUAAAAAUCAACACUCGGCAAAAUCAGAGGUUGAAAAAUUACUGGAAACAGGCACGAGAUUGAACGAAACGAUUGAUGUGAUAAAUUCGGAGAAAGAGAGACUUGAAAAACGUUUGAAAAAUGUGGAAAAUGAUUGUGAAAUACUCGAGAAUAAAUUGUCCAUUUUGAAUGGCGAGAAAGAAGCACUCAUGAGCGAUUCGUCGACGUUGAAUCAACGCAUUAAUGAACUGACAGAAGAAGCGGCGGUUUUGCGUAACACGGUGGCCGAAAACAGUGCAGAACGGUCGCAGCUUAUCGACGAUCACGAAAACACGCUUGGUGAAUUAAAAAGAAAAGUACUCGAGCUUGAAAACGAACGCGCGAAUCUUGCGAGAGAAGUGACGAAAGUUAGUGACAAGAAUUCACCGUUAAAACGAGAUUACGAGAAAAUCGCUUGCGAGAAUGAGAACGUUCGAUCACGCGGAAAAAAGGAUGAAAUUAGUCGACUGGCAGACGGGGGGAACGAGGCUUUGAAACUUCAACUCUCAAAAUGGAGCAUUUUCAUCUCGGAGGCUGACAGAGAAGAAGCGAAAAAAGUGAUAGAGAAAAUGUACUCCGAGCUCGCUCAGACUCGUGCGGAAAAUAGCUCUUUGAAAAAGUUACGCAACCGAAGAAGAAUCGUUGAUGAAAAAUCUUCGAAAGGCUCUCGCAAAUUAGAAGACGAGAUCAACGCGUGGAAAUCGGAGAAUGAGUUAUUGAGAAAUAAUCUCGAAAUGGCGAAAGAUCAAAUGAACUUGAACGAAAUUAAAUUAAGAGACAUCGAAACUGAAAAAAACAUGCUGAAGGGCUCGAUCGAGGGAUUGAAAGAGCGAUAUAAGGUAUCGAUAAAAGAAACGGAGGACGCUCGAUUACGGAAUGAAAGGUUGGAUGAGGAAAUUGAAGCGUUGAAAAAAAAUUGCGAAACAAUGAGUCUCGAGGAUUCGGCACUCAAACUGGAGGUGCGAAAUUUACAUCAAGACUUGAUCAACAUGAAAGAUGAAAAUUCUGAAAUACGAAGAAACUUAGUUGAGAAACAGAACGAGCUCGUCGCUCUCAAGGAUGAGCUAGCAAAAUCGCGAGCUGAAAAUAUUUCCUUGUGCACUCAACUGGAAUCUCGAAACGCGGAUUGUCGUUCUCUCGAAGAGGAAAAUACGAGUCUCAAGAACGGAAUCGAAGAAAUAAGAACAGAAAGCAUUUCAGUGAUCGAAGAAGUAAAAGAGCUCCGAAAUGAACAGAAAAAUCUCAUCGCAGCAAAAUUAACGUUGGAAAGUAAAUUGAUCGUUGCCCAAAAACAAAUCGAGAAGUAUGAUCUGGCAUCCGAACAGUUGUACGAUUUGGAGAACAAACUUAAGAAUGCACCUAGGAACCUCGCGAUUACAAAAAAAAUGUUGGUAUUGGCGAACCAAGAAAUCGAUCACUUACGCAGUUUCGUGAAUCCGGUAUUCGGAAAUUCCAACUACACGGAAAAAAUAGAAGCAACUUGA